AUGUGUGAUGGGAUGAUGAGCGUGUGCUCAGUCAAAGUCAUUGAUCCCAGCAUCAGGCAGCAGAUCUGCUCUCUCUACAGGUCCCUGGCCCCUACAAUCACUGCAGCUAUGACCAAAUCUCAGGAGCAUCUGACUCUGACCCACAAGCUCAGAAAGCCUCUGGUGGAGAAGUUACGCAGAGAGCGAAUCAACAGCAGCAUUGAGCAGCUCAAGUCUCUCCUGGGUCCAGAGUUCCUCAAACAGCAGCCAGACUCCAAGCUGGAGAAAGCAGACAUCCUGGAGAUGACAGUUUGUGUCCUGAGACGACUGCAGCAGCAGCAUCAAACUGUGGACUUGGCAGCUGUUGAUCAGGGAUACUCCAGGUGUGUCCAGGAGGUGAAACACUUCAUGUCCAGGGAAGAGGUGAAGACCCAGUUCAAGAGAAGGCUGAUGAACCACUUCAACAAGCUGCAGUCUUCCUCUGAUGAGAACCUGAGAGAGGCUGACUUCGCUCCUCUGAGCUCCACAGUCCAGACCAGCAUCACCACAGACAAGAGUCCAGUCAACAGCGCCCCCUGGAGGCCGUGGUAGACACCUACAGACUGGAGUUACUACCUGACAAACUCAGAUGACCAUAUUGGUCAAAGAUUACUGAACUGAAUUCUUUCAAGUUUGAUGGACUUGUUCUUCUGUAUGUACAGAAGGCUGUAUUUUGUGUUUGUCUUUGUGAAGAUGACAUUUCCUGAGGAAAUGACAGCAACAAUAUCUUUCAAGUUAAGAAAGAGAACAUCUUGUCAUGCAUGUUGCAUGAACCAAAUCUGAUUGCAUCUGCAAUUAUUAUUAUACCUCACUGUACUUCAUGUAUUGGUAGUAUAUGCUAUGGUAACAUUUGUUAUCUUUUGAUUGUUAUUGAUCACACUGAUCAAAAAACUUUAACUGUCCUUUUUAUGGACAUUUUGUCAUAAUGGACUUUACCUCACUUUAAUCUCUCUGAUUACUCAAAACUGAUCUGUUGUAAGAUCCAAAUGUUUUCACUUUU